AUGCGUGCUUCAGGUUCAGAGACGGAGGAUGAUUCUGAGCGGAUCGGGAAGAGGCGAUCACUGUUCCGCUGGUGGGCUGGGUCUAAGAAGGCAAAACAGGUGCACAUAGCUCUAGCCGGUCCCAACAGCAUCAGAGUCAUGUGGUCAACGUCCCGCCGUGGUACGCCGUCAUUGGUGGAAUUCGGGGUAACUUCUGGGCAAUACACCAAUAAGGCCAAGGGGAAGUCUUCCAGCUACACCUUCCUGACCUAUUCGUCGGACCAGCUGCACAGCGUAGUGCUUUCGGGCCUGCAACCCCAAUCCACCUACUACUACCGCAUCGCAGGGGAGGGACCAGAGCGGUCCUUUGUGACGCCGCCCACCGAUGCCGCUGCUGAUGUCAGCAUCGCUGUUGUUGGUGACAUUGGUCUCUCUAAGGCAGCCCGCACAACCAUCACGCGUCUCUCCCAGCAGCCCCACUCCCUCACCCUCGUCCCUGGCGAUCUUUCCUAUGCCAACGGCUUCCAAUCCGUGUGGGACAGGUGGCAGUCUCUGAUUGAACCAGACGCCAGCACACACCCCUGGAUGGUCGUCCCCGGAAACCACGAAGCCGAGGCACUUAGCGCGAUCAGCCCAAAGGGGUUUGAGUGGCCUGCGUUUCUUAAGCGAUCCGCUUUGCUAAACAGCGGCGCUUUCCGGGCGUAUAAGAAGCGGUGGGUCAUGCCAUCUGCUGCUAGCGGGUCGCCUUCUAAGCUGUACUACUCUUUUGAAGUAGGUGGGGCGCAUGUCAUCGUGCUCUCCUGCUACUCGCCGUUCGGUCCCGACUCCAAGCAGUUCGAAUGGCUACAGAAGGACUUAUCAGCCGUGGAUCGCACCAAAACACCCUGGCUGGUGGUGUCUCUGCACGAGCCCUGGUACCACUCCAACAGCGAUCAUCAGACAGACGGACAGGAUAUGAGGAAGGCCCUGGAAGAGACGCUGUAUGCCGCCCGCGUUGACAUUCUGAUCACCGGCCACGUGCAUGCGUACGAACGAACGAGCCGUGUGUACAACGGUCAGGAGGACCCUUGUGGGAUCAUGCACAUCACCGUUGGGAGCGGCGGAAAGGAUCUAUACCCUAGCUUCGUCUCCCCCAAGCCUGCAUGGUCGGCCUUUCGUGAAGCAGCCUUUGGCUUUGCUCUCUUCAAGAUUGAUGGCAGUGCAGCAGGGGAAGCGGACUGGGAGUGGCAACAAAACGACGAUUCCCCCACUGUUGCUGCCGACUCUGCUCGCCUAGUCAGCCUUGCCAGUGCCUCUACUCCUGCUGAAUGUCGGCCUGCGUGA